AGCCUGGUCAGAGGAAAAUCCUUUUCAGUGCCUUAAGAGAAAUUUUGUAAAAGAGGCAAAGGUUUCUCAAUCUUCAGGUUAUGUUUCCGUGCAUUCUGCUGACCAUCAUGGUGAGCAGAGUCUUAUGAGUACCAUUAUUGGAAUGGCUCAAGAUUUUGUGGGUAGUAACAACAUCAAUCUUCUUCUUCCGAAUGGUCAAUUUGGUACUCGUAACCAGGGUGGCAAAGAUGCAGCAAGUGCUAGGUACAUAUUUACCAGUCUUUCUUCUAUUAAUCGAUACCUCUUUCCGAGGGAAGAUGAUGGCCUGCUCGAUUACUUGAAUGAAGACGGUCAAUCCAUUGAGCCUUCCUGGUAUGUACCAAUCAUACUGAUGGUUCUCGUCAAUGGAAGUGAAGGAAUUGGAACAGGGUGGAGCUUUUACAUUCCAAACUACAAUCCAAGAGAUAUGGUGGCAAAUGUUAGGCGCUUGCUGAAUGAUGAACAUAUGGAGCCGAUGCAUCCGUGGUACAGAGGUUUCAAAGGAACUAUUGAGCAAACUGCAUCAAAGGAAUUUGGUGUCACCUACACUAUAACUGGAACAAUAGAGGAGGUUAAUGAGACCACACUUAAAAUAAAGGAACUUACAAUACGUCGAUCGACUCAAGAAUACAAGGAAUUUUUGGAAUCUAUCAUAACCUCAAAUGAUUCAUUCAUCAAGGAAUUUAAACAAUUCAGUGAUGAUAAAACUGUAGAUUUUGAGGUCAUCGUGACUGUGGAGAACAUGAUGUUGGCCGAGCAAGAGGGGUUGCUGAAGAAGUUUAAGCUAACAACAACAGUUAGCACAAGUAACGUGCACUUGUUUGAUUCAAGAGGGGUGAUUAAGAAAUAUGACACCCCGGAGGAAAAAGUUAGGUUUAUUCUUGAUGUUGUAAAGGGAGACAUCAUUGUGAACAAUAGGACAGUUUGCUGCUCUCUUCCUUGUGCUGAAAGAGAAAGGUUUUACUCCUUUCCCAAAUAACAAGAAAGUGGAGGAAAUAGUCGUGGCUAGGGAUAUCAACGGAGAGGAGCCCGAGGAGAACUCUUAGUUUAGCCCUGCAGCAGUUAAACAGAUGAGCAUGGGAUAUUAUGAACUAAACCUGAUGAUUGUUUAGCCCUUAAGAAUAGUUCUAGACAUGAAAAUCUAAAGGGUGAAAACAGUGAAUCUAGACCUAUUCUGUUAGGUCAGGAAACAAAGAAAAAAAGCUCAGGGAAUUCAUUUAACAGCUCGGGUACUAUGUCGCAUAGACCUAAAAUAGAGCUACCAUUCUUUGAGGGGGUUAAUCCUAAGGAAUGGGUUCAGAAAUGUCUGAAAUAUUUUUCCAUUUGUGGUGUUCCUGUUGAGCAGAGAGUAGAGGGAGCAGAGAGUAGAGGUAGCUACUAUGUAUUUAACAGGCAAGGCUGAAAUUUGGUUUGAUGGGUAUAUUA